CCACUAGAAAUGUAACUAGCUAUAGGCUAAUAUGCAGUUUGGUGUAGAAACGUAAUGUCUCAUUUAAAACGAAUGGUGAUAAUUGUCAAUUUAAAACAAUGGACUUUUUAUUAUAUGAUGCGUUAGCCUAGAUACGCCACGGAGAAAGUAAAUGUAGUAGUCUAUCAGAGAAACCAACAAACGGUGACAAACCUCAGUUAAAUUAAUCCCUGUUUGGAGUCGUAAAAAAAAAGUGGUUUCAAGUGAAAAUACCUUUGGUCAGUUCAUAAACUGACAUGUAGGAAAUCUUUCAAGACAUUUGGAAUAACACUUAAAGUUACCGAUAUUACCGGGGUUGAAACACUAAGUUCAGUACAAGCUUCAGUGGGCCAGUAUGAUAUGCCAAGGUGUGUGGUGUGAAGGAGCUCGAUUGAGUGUCCUAAUGCUGGCAUUGUGCUGCACGCUAGCACCCUCGCCCACCCAUGCCUUUAUCUAUGCUUAUUAUAACAAUAUGACCUCCAUGUUGUUUGAGGACCUGCCUGCCUUGUUUGGAUCCCCGCUUUCCAAGGAUGGACUAAUGGGAAUUCUGGUGGAGGCUCAUCCACUCAAUGGUUGCUCACCAAUACAACCCCCAUCUCCUCUACCACCAUCCACCGAUACAAACAUCACCAAGUUCAUAGCUCUCAUAAGACGCUAUGAUUGUAAUUUUGAUAUUAAGGUGUUGCAUGCACAACAGGCUGGAUUCAGUGCUGCGAUUGUUCAUAACAUGUACUCUGACACUCUGCUCAAUAUGAACUACAGCAAUGACACCAUUGCAGAGGAGAUUGAGAUCCCAUCAGUAUUCACCAGCUACUAUGCUUCAAAAAUUCUUAGGAAGCUAAUCAUUCCAGAACAAGGGACCUAUGUGAUUCUUAAACCGGAGUUUGCUUUUCCACUCUCUUACUAUCUCAUCCCAUUCACUGGAGUGAUUGCCCUGAUCAUACUUGUGAUGUUUGUCAUCUUGAUUGUACGUUGUGUACAGUACCGAAAAAGACUGAGGAAAAAUCGUCUCUCCAAGGAACAACUGAAGCGUAUUCCAAUCCACAGGUUUAGUAAAGGCGAUGACUAUGAUGUAUGUGCAAUCUGUCUGGAUGAGUAUGAAGAAGGAGACAAGCUGCGAGUCUUACCUUGUUCACAUGCCUACCACUGCAAGUGUGUAGACCCCUGGCUUACAAAAACAAAGAAGACGUGCCCUGUGUGCAAACAACGUGUCACCCAACACAACCCCGAGCACUCAGAAUCAGAGUCUGAAGAGGAGGCCAGAGAACAUGGAGAGAAUGAAGGGACAGUGGGUGAAGCUGAUUCAGAACGCACUCCUCUGCUUCGCCACACCGGCACAGGAUCACCCUCCGAUAGCUCAGGAGCCUACGCUGCUACUACCACCAUCACUACAGUAACCAAUGCCCAGUGCCUAGCUUACCCGGCCCACUGCAACUCACCCAUCCUUGACUAUGAAGGCUACUGUUCCCCCCAGGAGGACACAGACUCAGAAAGUGAUGAGACUGGGGAGGACACCAACCCCACUGAUGACACUGCUCAGCUUAUUGGUAGGGGUGGAGUGGCGGUCUGAGGGAAAAUUACCUUGCUGGGUUCACCAUAGUAAAUCUUUUAGUCUAUGGAGUUAAACUACAGUUUUAAGGUCGUGUAUACAAGGUUAUUCAAUUAUCUCGGCUCUAGGCAUUUUAGUACUCUGGCCACUUUGGUUGAUUGUGACAGAAAUGUUGACACAACAAUGGCAGGAGACCUUGUUUGUAUCAAAAUGGAUAUCGGUUACUGACUCAAGCCGAAUCAAAAAUCUAAAUUGCCCCAACACCGCUCACAUGCACAAACCUGCUCACCGAUUUUGGUUUAAUGUAUGCAGGGAUCAGUGAUGGCUGGUGCUAACAAUUUUUGGGGAGGCGCAAUUUACCAUGGUGCAGCACACCUGACAGCUGCUUUAAUGUCCACACAGUCACAGAGUUAUUAAGGACAAUGUAGCCUAUAGAUUUAAAUGUAGCCUAUAGAUUUGCUACAUUGUCCUUAACCACUGCAAGUGUAUAGACCCCUGGCUUACAAAAACAAAGAAGACUUGCCUUGUGUGCAAACAACGUGUCACCCAACACAACCCCGAGCACUCAAGAGUCAGAGUCUGAAGAGGAGGCCAGAGAACAUGGAGAGGAUUAACGGACAGUGGGUGAAGAAUAUUGACAGAGUUAUUGAGGACAAUGUAGCCUAUAGAUUUACUACAUUGUCCCUCUUAUUAAUAACUCUGUGACUGUGUGGCCAUUAAAGCAGUUGUCAGGUGUGCCGCACCAAGGUAAAUUGCACCCCCUCAAAAAAAUGGUUAGCACCAGUCCCCACUAGUAGGAAUUCCUAUUCUUUCCCCACCUGACCUAAUCACUUGUGACACAACAUUUACAUAACAGUGUGACACAAGUUGACCAUUACCAGACAUGAAAGAUCAGAUGACUUAAGCACGUUUGCCUAAUAAAUCUUUGGGGUAGUGAACAAAUCAGAAAGAUGUUCACUCAGGUUUCUAAGGAAAACUUCAAAGGUCACGUCCUUGAGUAUAUCUUUUGAGUCUCUAUGUAUGUUCAAUGACAGAUUGGUCUAGUUCCAGACCUGGUGUUUUCAUAAUUGUCAUAAUUGGACUGUUUAAUAUUUGGCAGAUCUUUUUAUUUUUCUGAUUCAGUUUAUUAAUAGGAACAUCCUGGUGAUGAGGAAAUGUUUCUGUAUGAUUUUUUUUAAUCCUUUAAUCUCUUUUUUUUAAACUUGUAUUAAAACUGCAUUUUGGUUUUUUGAGAUGUCAGUAUUCUCUAAUGUAUAAUAGUACAGUAAAUGAUAGUAUCAUUUAACAAAGACAUACAUGCUUUUGCUGCUUCUUUUACUUUUGUCUUUCAUUGAUUGUACUAUAUGGUCAGUCUCAAAAUUUAUUUUUCGCUUUAUCCAAUUUGUCGAGUUGAAGGAAUAUGAGUAUAUCAGAGAUCAGUUGAUAUGUUAGGUAAUAAAAUCACAAGACAUAAAGGCUUUGAUGUAAUAGGAGUAGUCACUUACGAUUUUCUGCUCCUUAUAUUAUCAUGUGGCUCUAAACACUCCAUAGGUAUUUUCCUGUUUCAUAUAGAAGAUACUCAAUCCCAUAAGAAAUUAUUUUAGAAAAAAAUUAUAUGCCUCACACUUGUGAACAUAGCUGUUUGGGAAAAAAACAAAAACAAAACAGUUAUUCUUGUUUCUUUGUUGCAUAGAUGUUUUAUAGAUUAGGAACUUUUGAUCGUGUACAAUGUUUUAGUUAUGGGCCCUUCUGUUUUUCAUAUUAAAGAAAAUGAUACCGUUAGUUCUUAGCGUAACCUUAAUGCUUUGUGAUACCAAUUUGGAUAGCAUGUGUUUGGGCAAGCUAACUGGCUUUAAAGCAAGGUGUUUUUUAUAUGUACAUGUACCAUUGCUCCAAAUAAACACACCCUCUAC